UUUUUUCAAUGUGACCGUACAUGAUCUUCUGCCUUUUACACACACCGAAUUCGAUAAAACUGUGUAUACACUGUAAUAUCAAUGAAGCAAAAAAACGUUCCAAAAUAAAAUUCAUAACUAUUUGAAAGAUAUUCUUUAGAAAAUUGCCAACAUUGAAUAAGAAAUGUCUAAAUAUUUUAGAAUAAAAACGCAAAUUUUUAUUAUAAAAACUGAUAAUUAUAUGAUAGUACCGUAUUUUUGGGGUUCAUUAAUUUUUUUAUUUAUGUUUAUCGUAAUAGUGAAUAUUUCAUUUGGAUGUUUCGACUUUCACUACAAACGCUAUAAGCAAUGGUGUAGCUCAAAUUGUUAUUAUCUAACUCAGUUUUUAAAAUUCAGUGAAACUGAUAAAGGUAUAUUUUCACAACUCAAUGUUGAAGAACAAAUAGUCAAGCUAAAUAAAGGACUUGAACAUGUCGAAACAUUAAUAUGUAAUCAAGUUUUUAAAAAUCAUGAAGAAUUAUUGAAUCAAGUUACAUGGAUAGAAAAUUUAGAAUCGAUUAUUAAUAAUAUAGCAUCUCAAUUACAGAAUUUACAAUCAUCUGUGGAACUUUUAAAAAGUAAAAUAGUGGAAUUAUAUGCAAAAGUUCAAACACAAGUUGUAAUUUUGAAUCGACUUCAUACCACUUGUGAUUUAUUAAGAAAAAUUAUGAGAAUUCAAAAUUUGUCAAGUAAUGCACUAGGUAAAGAAAAUACAUUGUCACAGAAUAUUAUUUUUGAAAUAACAUAAUUACAAGUUACCUUCAAGAUACUAAAAAACUCAUAGUUAAGUUACUAUUUUUUAGUUUAAAGGACUUAGAAAAAUUAUUUAUGUUAACUUAUUCACUUAUUCAGGGCUGCCUUAAAGCUAAAACUAUGAGGGGUCAUGAAAAUAUAAUUUUUACUGACUAAAAAAUAUUCUUUUAUUUGUGUAACCUUUUUUUUUUUUGUUUUAGCAGUUUUAUAUAAUUAAAAAUUAAUAGCUUAAAUGAUUAAACAUAGCAGAGUGAAAAUGUGACGCUCUUGUACUCUUCCCUUGGGAAAACCUUAAUUUUUCAUUUUUUUACCCUUUUCUUAGUAUAACUAUUCAAAAUAAAUAUAUUACCAAUAAAAAAAGAUAAAAAUUAUUUUUUUUAAACUGUUAAAUUAUUUAUUUUUUUAACCA